AAAACUCUCUCUUCUUCUUUUUUCUUUGGUGUGUGUGUCGGUGCUGAUGCUGUUUAUCUCUCCCCCUUUUUCCUUCGCCACGCCCACCUUUAAUUCUUCCUUCUCCUCGCGCGCCUGAGAGCGAGCGCGUGAGUGUUCCAGAGCGCAAAAGAGCGCGAGCCUGCGAGCGAGCGGCGGAGUCGGGAGCGCGCGGAGCUGAACUCUACAGGAACAAAGUUCUGUAGAACCGGUACCAAAGUGGACCGAGCAGCUCUGAGAAGUUCUGAGAGGUUCUGUGAGAAUGCCUGACCCCGCAGAACCCUAACUGAAGCAUCUCUCACCUCUGCAGAACCAGAAGCAGCGGCAGCAGCGUCUCCAGGCAUGGCGGCUCUCCGGCGCAAAUUCGGCGAGGACUACCAGGUGGUGAACACCAACCGGGGCGCUGCGUUCUCGGCGCCCGCCAUCCGGAAGAAGCGGCAGCGCUUCGUGGAGAAGAACGGCCGCUGCAACGUGCAGCACGGGAACCUGGGCGGCGAGACCAGCCGCUACCUGUCCGACCUCUUCACCACGCUGGUGGACCUGAAGUGGCGCUGGAACCUGCUGAUCUUCAUCCUCACCUACACGGUGGCUUGGCUGGUGAUGGCCUCCAUGUGGUGGGUGAUUGCCUACAUCCGCGGGGACAUCCAGCACGGACACGACCCCUCGUACACGCCGUGCGUCGCCAACGUCUACAACUUCCCCUCCGCCUUCCUCUUCUUCAUCGAGACCGAGGCCACCAUCGGCUACGGCUACCGCUACAUCACCGAGAAGUGCCCCGAGGGCAUCAUCCUCUUCCUCUUCCAGUCGCUGCUGGGCUCCAUCGUGGACGCCUUCCUCAUCGGCUGCAUGUUCAUCAAGAUGUCGCAGCCCAAGAAGCGCGCGGAGACCCUCAUGUUCAGCCAGGACGCGGUGGUCUCGCAGCGCGACGGCAAGCUCUGCCUGAUGUUCCGCGUGGGCAACCUGAGGAACAGCCACAUGGUGUCCGCGCAGAUUCGCUGCAAACUCAUCAAGUCUCGUCAGACUCCUGAGGGCGAGUUCCUGCCGCUGGAUCAGUGUGAGCUGGACGUUGGGUUCGGGACAGGUGCUGACCAGCUCUUCCUCGUGUCUCCUCUGACCAUCUGCCAUGAGAUCAACCCCAAGAGCCCCUUCUUUGAGCUGUCCCAGCGGUCACUCAUGAAUGAACAGUUCGAGAUCGUGGUUAUAUUAGAAGGCAUAGUGGAGACCACAGGUAUGACAUGCCAGGCACGCACCUCCUACACUGAAGAUGAGGUCUUAUGGGGUCACCGCUUCUUGCCAGUCAUGUCUCUGGAGGAGGGCUUUUUCCGAGUGGACUACUCGCAGUUCCACAGCACCUUUGAAGUGCCCACGCCACCCUACAGCGUCAAAGAGAACGAGGAGAAGAGCUCGCUCCCGUCCCCCAUGACCACACCCCACCGCGACCGGGUCUUCUCCGUCAACUGCCUGGAGCUGGGUGAGGAGCGAGCUGCCGGCCAGGGUAGCGGCAGCGCCUCCUGCAGGCUUCCCAGCAAGCUGCAGCGCAUGAGCUCGUCCGGUAAGGAGGAUCUUCAGAGGAAGGUCUUGCGCCUGAGCUCGCAGCCUUCAGAGAAAGCGUGCAGCACUGGAGAUCUGCCCCUGAAGCUGCAGAGGAUGGGCUCCAGCCCAGGCCAAGGGGACGGCGAGAGCCGAUUUCACCUCAAGGCCCUAAAAGUGGGCUUCGAACCCAUGACCAUGUCCACUGGAGACCUCCACCAGAGGAGCUUGCCUCCUACUCCAGCACCCAUCCCUACACACCCUCAGGCCCCCCUACACUCACCCAUGCCCUCCGCAUCGGGAGGGAGACCUGAGGACAACCUACCCGCCAAGCUGAGGAGGAUGAAUGCUGAUCGUUGAGGUCGGCUGGACAGUUGGUGGAAGUUGUUCUUUGCUGCUGAACUGAGAUCAGAUUUUUUUUUGUCGUUUUUUUUUUUUUGCAGCAGCAGACGCGGUUCGGACUUGGUGGGACAGGCUGAUCUGAAUCCUGAAUCAGCAUCCAAAGAACAAUUUCUACACCUAGAAUUAGCGAAUAUAUGGAAUGGAAAGUCAGAGGAUAGACUUUGAAUAGCAUCCUGAUGGCACAAUCGGCGAAUGAGAAUGACUGACUGACUGAUAAAUGCAUGAUGGGAGAGGCUUAUUUAGUCAUUGGGUUGCUUGAUUCUUAGGGGUGUGACAAUACACAAUAAUAUUCACUGGAUAUACACUGUGAAUUAAAAUGGUGUUGUUUAAUUUCACUCAUCAUCAUCGUCGUCAUCAUCAUCCAAAAAAAACAGAAAAAACAUUUGCACCCAGAAGGAAGUGUUGAAUUGCAGUACUAUUUGAAAGGAAAUAUGGUUGUCCAGAAGGCAUGGGGUCAUAUUCUUGAGGUAGCAGCAGCGUCUGGACGAGCAUUGUCCUGCUGUAAUAGCAUACAGGAAUGUGCCUUUGGUCUUUAUUAUAGGCACUUACUGUAUGUGACAGCCCAAUGUUAGGUAAAUAAGGUCCUGGAAGGUCCUUUUCCAACAGGACAAUGCUUGUCCACAUUCUGCAUCAGUCUCAGGGUCUGUCCCUAAAGACACAGCUAGCAACAAUCAUCAGCACUCAGUGUGGGCAAGAGGCACCUGCUCCUGUCAGGAACAGAACCAUGUUGGCCAAAAUGACCAGUCACAGCCUGGUGUUUUGGCAUGGGAUUUAAACACAUUUAUGAAAAUCCUACAAGUAUAUCCCACUCUGAGAAGCUCAUUUUUCAUCACACUGUCUAGUGCAGGCAGCUGUUCGCUAUUGAUGACUAGAAUUUGGAUCAGAAAGCUAAGCUCAGGCGUAAACAGAUAUGGAGAGUCUCUACUCUAGGUGAAAAAAGUGCAAAUCUACACAAUUCUACACAAAAUAAUGCACAAUGACUGUUUGUUAGCUAAAUUAUUCAUAGAACAUAAAACAUAUACAGUGGAAUAUAAUACACAGUGGCAUUGUGCACAUGCACAAUUUUAAUAGACAAUGGGUACAGCAGUAUUUGGCUCAGUUCUUAAAUUCUCCAUAUUUCUUUCUAAAGUGCUGCCACUAUGCUCGGGAGAUCGCUUGUUCAAAUCCCAGUCAUGUAGCUUGCCGUCAGCUGAAGGGAGCCUUAAUACAGCACAAUUGGCCUUGCUCUCUCUGGCUGGGUAGAUGGCGCUCUUUCCCCUCUAUGGUGAUGUCGAUCAGCACAAGACCCUUGCGCUUUCCUCUGAGGAUGCUGGCUACUUGGCAAUGUUGCAUCAGCAGCAGUUUGAAAAGAGGCGGUGCUAAUCUUCACCCUCCUUAAGUUGUGGCAUCAUUUGUAAAUGGGUAUAUACAGAUGAGUAGAAGCUGAAUGGUGGUACAGUUAGCCUAGCUAUAUUGGGAGAAAUGUGGGGAGAAAAAAUA